AUCAAAUCCGGGUCAUAGUUGAAAUAUUACACUCCACAACACUGCUUAGUGUGGCUAUCUCAACCACAAAAUCCCAAGCCAUGCCUUUAAUAGUUAUGUGUGGUUAUCCGUGCAGUGGUAAAACGCGGAGAGCAGAGGAAUUAAAAGGUUAUUUCGAACAAAACACUGACAGAAAGGUUCACAUUGUGGGAGACUCACCCCUGGCCGCUGAGAAGAACGCCGUGUAUGCAGAUUCUCAAAAGGAAAAACAGGUCCGAGCUGCACUGAAAGCUGACGUGGAGAGGAAAGUCAACAAGGAUGACAUCGUUAUUUUGGAUUCCUUAAACUACAUUAAAGGCUACCGCUAUGAGCUUUUUUGUCUCAUUAAACAUGCACAGACACCACAUUGCCUGGUGUAUUGUUUAACGUCAGAUGAAGUGAGCUCAGCGUGGAACACCAGCAGAGAUGCAGAGGAGCAGUACACACAGGACAUCUUGGAUGCAUUAAUUCUGCGGUUUGAAGCGCCAGACUCCAGAAAUCGCUGGGACAGUCCACUUUUCAACAUCCUCCAAGAUGACGCGUUGCCAUUUGAAGCCAUCACUGACGCGCUCUUCAAAAGGAAAGCACCACCACCCAACCAGUCCACUCAAAGUCAACCACUCUCCUCUGCAAACUUCCUGUACGAGUUAGACAAGACCACACAGGAUGUGUUAAUGGCCAUUUUCAAUGCACAGAAGACAAGUGUUCCUGGAGACAGCAUUUCAGUUCCAGGAGCGACAGAGAAAAUCGAGCUGACCAGAACCGUCAACAUGGCCGAGCUGCGUAAAUUCCGGCGCCAGUUCAUCAGCUACAGCAAGAUGCACCCGACAGAGAACACGGGUCAGAUUUCCAACAUGUUUGUACAAUAUUUAAAUAAGAGUCUCCUUUGAUGGAUACAUGUCACCAAUUAAAAUAGAAGUGUUUUUAAAUUGGAAA